AUGGGCAGCAGACAAGCUUCUGAAUCAGCUCCGAUCCCACCGACAGGUAUCUUGAUCGCAGUGGAUGAGGACCCCAAGCCCAAGAUAACUGCGCUGCCCAAAAGAUUCGCUUCCCCAAAUUCUGCCAGUCCACGACGCCUUUUCAAAACCAAGGUUACAUACUCUGAUGGCCACCCGGGGCUCCAGCGAUUCGUCGGAGUCAAAGAUUCAUCGCAAUGUCUUGCCUAUGCAGCGGGGGCUUGUUUCGAAAAUGAGAAAGACAACAAACCCAAAGCAGGCUGGUCUUUCGUUUUCAGGCCCCGUGCGCCAUUUGCGCCACGAGGCCAAAGGAGCGGUGGGAUUUCGGGGCACCUUGAGACAACCGGGCCAACGGGGGCGACCCGGACGCCAACUAGCCAACGUGCGCAGCUACGAGCUGUCAUUGCGGCGCUGCGGUAUCUAAACAUGCAUGGGAAUUCGUUCAAGAGCGUGGUGAUUGCUACCGACUCACCGUAUGUCGUGAAUAAUGCUACCCGUAUCCUCCCCACAUGGCUUUCCAAUGGGUGGAGGAAUCAUCUCGGUCAUUCAGUUAGUAAUAGGGAUCUGUGGCAGAACCUGGUGGAGGUGGUGGACAGUUGGGCCAAGAAGCAAAAAGAGGUUUAUCUGUGGAGGAUCCCAAGGAGGUGGAAUCUGGAGGCAGAUGAACUUGCCAGGUUGGCUGCCGCAUCGAGGCCUGUUCCUGUUGAUUUCGGGGAAUUAAUUGGUCGCUGGUAG